UCAAGGCCUACAAUGAGGCUCCAGCCAGAGCACAGGGUCAGAGAAGCUACUCCCAGGGUGGACCCGACACCUCCAUACCGACGCGCAACGGAACAUCUUCCAAACUGGUGAACCAGGGAGGGGUCCACAGCCACAACCGAAUCCAGCGACAGCGUUCGCUAAAGAACAGCAGUGAUGACUCCGUCAAGUGGUCUAGACCACAUCAGAGUUCCUAUCAACUUUCACAAGAUUUGCACGAUAAGCAGGUUGAAAUGUUGGAGAGGAAGUACGGCGGCUCUAUAAGAUCGAGGCGAGCCGCUAGAACGAUACAGAGAGCCUUCCGCCAGUACUGUAUGAACAAAAACUUCCAGAAACUUCGUCAUUCUUACGGUGAACGACGUCUGUCAAAAAGAUUGUCUGAACUGGGGCGCAGCAACACAGUGUGGUCAGACAGGCUGUCUACUGACCUCACCGGAACUACAGACAAUAACGGGGCCAUCCACAAUCGUGCCAAUGAGGAGGAGAAUUAUUUCGGACGCAGUAUCAGGAGCAUGGUGGCCGAUUUUGAAAACGCCAGCAGGUAUUCUGACUACCCUUUGAAGAUGAAGUAUGAUGCUGUUGCCACAACGGCGGAUAUGCCUCGGCCGGUUACAGAACGGUUGAUGUACAUGCAGACACCAGAUCGUCAAGCCGGGGUGGUGUUUCCGCAGGGGAAGAAGAGCCACCUAAUCCACCUGAGCCACAGUUCCUUCAGCAGUCCUGAUUUUUACUCAGAUGAAUGCUACGGCAGAAGCACCAGGUCGAAGAGCACCAGCGUGAGCAGCCAAGGAAGUAACACGAGUGGUGGGGAUGCUUACUAUGGCUCGGAUUCGAACACCAAGGAGCAGUUCGAGUCUAAUUCAACCAGUGGGGGUGGUGAUUUCAUGAGGACGCCCGCAGUUGAGAAUACUGCCGUAGACCCCCUCAGUAUGGACUUUGAGGCUUUGCUGGAGAGUAAGGAGACGGAUAUUCUCACGGACAGUUUCCACAGUGAAGGCAGUUUUAACCAGGAUGCAGCUAUGGCUGGUGGUCAUCCUGGACUGACCAAGAGAUCUUCCAUUCCUGGAUCUAAACUCGUUGACCACGCGUCAGACCUAAAUCGGGUUUCAUCAUCUCCAGUCGGGUCUUUUGACAGCUUCCGGACAAUCUCUAUAGACCCUAAGGAUUACAUAUCUGAUCAUUCUGACAGUACUGAUACUACAGUUAACCCAGCAAUGAUGGAUCACAAUAGCCCAGCCUUUGUCAAAGAAGACAUAACUGCUACCCACAUGAAAUAUUACAUGAUAAAUCCACAAUUCAGACAUUCAAACAGAGAUACAGCGGCACCACAGUCCCCACGUAAUGUUGCUGUAGUGCCCCCUACAAGAGCUGCGGGUUUCUCACCAACCUGGCCCAGAAAGGAAAUUGAGCCUAGCGAUGACCAAGUCCCUAAUGGAGGUUUGCCCGCGAAGAAAGGGGAAGCCAAAAGAAUGAGUAACAUUUCAGAGGCCAGUGAAGCAAGUACUAGUGAGGGCAACAGUUCCAGAGCUCAUAGCUCAGGAAAUGUGAGCUCUGACAACGUGACUGUGUUGAGUAGUGAGACCCCACUAAGUUAUCAACGGAAGCUCAGGAUGAAUAUUAUUACCAACGAAUCGCACAACAUAUCUAAGACAAACGACAAGGUUAGAAAACGCCUGUACAGAAUUGGACUUAACCUUUUUAACAA